GCCGAGUUUUGCCGGCACUGUAAAAAGUGGUGAUACGAACAAUUUUUUUUAACCUUUCAUUAUUUACGUGAACUUUUUUCGCCGUUUAUACGUACAUAAUAUUGUCUCUCUCCCGAGUAAAAUGGUGUAUUCAAACAGGCAUAAAACGAUACGCCCGUCCAUUGUUUGUUACCGCUCGGGACCAGUCGUCUGUUCAGCACCGUCAACGACCGCUAACAGCCAGUGAGUAAACAAACAGUAAUUACGUUUGCUAUAUACCUAAUAUUCAAGAAAACCCGUAUUGUCUUGUUAUUGUUCUAAAUAACGAAUAUAUUAUUUACGUAUAUUUAUAUAUUUAUAUAAUAUAUAUUUAUUAUUAUUAUAAAAUAAUAAACGCAACAGCGCGAUAUGAGUGACGAGAGCAAUCCUCGUACGCUGUACGUUGGCAACUUGGACCCGUCCGUCACCGAAGACCUACUAUGUGCCCUAUUCACAAAUAUCGGUCCGGUCAACGCCUGCAAGGUAAUUCGCGAGCCCGGCAGCGACCCGUACGCGUUCCUGGAGUUUGACACUCACACAGGAGCGGCGACGGCGUUGGCCGCGAUGAACGGACGUUUGUUUCUGGAUAAAGAAAUGAAAGUCAACUGGGCCACUACACCCGGCAACCAGCCCAAGCUUGACACGAGCAACCAUUAUCACAUAUUCGUCGGUGAUCUGAGCCCUGAAAUCGAAACGCACACGUUAAAAGAAGCGUUUGCUCCAUUUGGAGAGAUUUCCAAUUGUCGUAUAGUGCGCGACCCGCAGACGUUGAAGUCGAAGGGAUACGCUUUUGUUUCUUUUGUCAAAAAGUCUGACGCCGAAAACGCUAUUAACUCCAUGAACGGCCAAUGGUUAGGCAGUAGAAGUAUCAGAACGAAUUGGUCUACCAGAAAACCCCCGCCACCCCGAGCCCCCAACAAGUACAGUGGCUACAGAGCUGUAACGUUCGACGAUGUUUACAAUCAGUCGAGCCCGACCAAUUGCACAGUGUACUGUGGAGGCAUUGUUGAAGGCUUGACAGAAGAGCUUGUAGAACAAGUAUUUUCUCGUUUUGGCACCAUUGUAGAAAUAAGAGCAUUCCGAGAUAAAGGGUACGCUUUCAUCAAGUUCUCUACUAAAGAAGCAGCGACGACCGCUAUCGAGGCUGUGCACAACACGGAAAUCAACGGACAUCCGGUCAAGUGUUUCUGGGGGAAAGAAUCGGGAGACCCGAACAGCGCUGCCAAUUUAGCCGCGCAAGCUGCGGCCGGAGCAGAAAACACUGGUCAGUAUCCGUAUAAUAUGGCUUACAACCAAGGUAUGAACAGCUACUGGUACCCGUACGCACAAAUGCAAGGACAAUACGUGCAAAGCAUGGCAGGCGGCAAUUAUGGAGGUGCCGCUGCUUACAGCCAGUAUGCCGGAUACCCGUAUCAGAUGGGUAACGCGACCGCUUUUCAAAUGGGUAAUGGAGCUGGACAACCUACCAACGGGCAGCAGAUGUCUACACCUGCCAAUAUGCCGGCCGGAGUUUACUCGAUGCAGUAUCCAAGUCAGUGACGACCGAUAAAAUAGAUUUCUUAAAGUGUUGAAAUCUUGAUCGUUUUCUCAUUUGUGCUCUGUGUAUAUACUUAUAAAAAAAAAAAAACAUAUAAAUUAAUAAAAUAUUAGAAAGCAAAUGUAUGAAAAUAAACAUUAUAAAUUUAAUUUAACCUUCUGUUCCAUUAUUUAUAGCACGUGGCCCCAAUGUAAGUUUACAAUUGGUUUAUUAUAAUUUUUUUUUAUACAUACAAUUUUGUUCCCUCAAUCUUUAAUAAUUAUAUAUACAUUAUUAUAUAAUAUGCUAGAUUAGGUUAUUGCAAUGCAUUGUUAAUUCCAUCUAGUAUAAUAAAACAGUAUGACAUUAUAUUAAUAAGUUGUUAGGCGUACUUUAAUAAAAUAUUUUUAGAUGUUAUUUCUACUAUAAGGUUGUAAAAACACAGAGAACUGAGUAAGUUCACCCUCAUCAGUUAACUCAUCUGCGAAUUUUAUGUAAUUAUAAUGUGCUCUAUUUACUAAAUAUUAUUCAUUUAUUUGUUAUGUUUUAUUUUUUCAUAAUACUUAUUUAAAAAUAACUUAAUUUAUGUUUACCUAAUGUUUAAUCGGGGAAUUGAAUGUUUGAGCUAAACAUAAAAUAUGUUGUUGAAUUAAUAAUUUGUGUAAUAUACAAUUAAUCACAAA